AUGAAGGUGCUGAUCAGGUGCUGCGCCCAGCUUAUAUCAGUGGCCUUCAAUGUUGCUGACGUUGUCGUAAUUAUACCCAUACCCCUCCUUUUUGUUGUUACAAAAAACUUUUGUGGUAUGAUUAGAGUUGUUCUCGUUCCUGAAGCACAUUUUGAUCUUCAUAAACGAUUUUCAUGUUUAAAGUUUUGGAAACUGUGGGUGACUCUGGGUGACCUGGGUUACGUGAGGCCGAGACCCGAGGCCCCUGUCGGGACAGCAAUUGGGAAUUAA